AUGCCUCGCAGUGUCACCGUGGCUGCCGUUCAGUUCGCCUGCACGGACGAUGAGACUCAGAAUCUGCAAACCGCAGAGAGGCUGAUCCGUGAAGCCCAUGCGCGUGGGGCCAACGUCAUCCUGCUGCAGGAGCUCUUUUCCGGGUUCUACUUCUGCCAGGCGCAGUGUGCGACCAACUUCCAGCGAGCCCGGCCCCGCCACAGCCACCCUGCCAUUACCAGGAUGCAGCAGCUUGCAAGAGAGCUGCAGGUCUUGCUGCCUGUGAGCUUCUUUGAGCGCAGUGGAGGGGAGCCGGAGAACAGUGCUGGUGGCGGCGGCGGUAUUUCCGGUGGUGGUGGCGGUGGCGGUGUGGCGCAUUUCAAUUCGCUGGUGGUGAUUGAUGCUGAUGGGAAGGACCUUGGAGUGUACCGCAAGUCACACAUUCCAGAUGGACCCGGCAUCUGCUGGGACCAAUGGUUCCCUGAGGCAGCGCGGGUGAGAGCGCUCAAGGGAGCGGAGCUGCUGCGGCGCCUCAAAAUAGUCCCCCCCACCCCUUCCCCUCCCCACCCACGCAAAGGCAUCUGCUGGGACCAGUGGUUUCCGGAAGCAGCGCGGGUGAUGGCGCUCAAGGGAGCGGAGCUGCUGCUGUACCCCACAGCCAUCGGCUCGGAGCCUCACGACGCCUCCAUUGACUCGCAACCCCACUGGACCACCGUCAUGCGCGGCCAUGCUGCUGCCAACCUGAUGCCUGUCAUCGCAUCCAACCGCAUUGGCACGGAGACCAUUUCAACUGAGCGCGGCCCCAGCACCAUUACUUUCUACGGCUCCUCCUUCAUCACAGGGCCAACUGGGGAGAUUUUGCAGCAGGCAGGGCGGCAGGAGGAGGCAGUAUUGGUGCACUCGUUUGACCUGGAUGUAUUGUGGCAACAGCGCAUUGGGUGGGGUAUCUUCCGGGAUCGACGCCCUGACCUCUAUUCACCGUUGCUCUCACUGGACGGAUCAUCGUGA